UUAAGCUCCAUUUCCUGUGCGCUGUGCAACCCCCCCCUUCCCCCCGCCCCGCUGUUGCCUGCGCAGUAACGUGUGGUAUCUACAGGGCUGCAACCCUUGUCUCUUUAAAAGCUGUAGCUAUCCAACCAGCCUGCCUUGGACUGUAUUGCGGGAGGACGGUGCAAUAUGUAAAUGAGUCAACCGAAAUCUAUGGCAACUGUGGGGUGUGCCCUAGAGGACAGCGAACGGAUGAUCAUAAAAUCUGUCGGGAGUGUACUGGAUCUCCAGGACAUUAUGACUGGCUGUACCUUGGCUUUAUGGCCAUGCUUCCUCUGAUUUUGCACUGGUUCUUCAUUGAAUGGUAUUCAGGGAAAAAGAGUUCCAGUGCAUUGUUUCAGCAUCUUACUGCCUUAUUUGAAUGCAGCAUAGCAGCAAUUGUUACCCUACUUGUGAGUGAUCCAGUAGGUUUUCUGUAUAUCCGUUCCUGCAAGGUAGUGAUGCUUUCUGACUGGUAUACAAUGCUUUACAAUCCAAGUCCUGAUUACAUAACUACUAUACACUGUACUCAUGAAGCUGUCUAUCCUCUGUACACCAUUGUAUUUAUAUACUAUGCCUUCUGUCUGGUGUUAAUGAUGCUACUUCGACUGCUUCUGGUUAAGAAGAUUGCCUGUGGGUUAGGAAAAUCAGAUCGAUUUAAAAGUAUUUAUGCAGCACUUUACUUCUUCCCUAUUCUGACAGUAAUUCAAGCAGUUGGAGGAGGCUUGCUCUAUUAUGCUUUCCCAUAUAUCAUAUUGGUAUUAUCUUUGGUUACCCUGGCUGUGUACAUGUCUGCUUCUGAAGUAGAGUCUCCCAAGGAUCUUCUUGUCAGGAAGAAAAGGCUUGUUGUUCUCUUUAGCCACUGGUUACUUCACGCCUAUGGAAUCAUCUCUAUUUCCAAACUGGAGAGACUUGGCCAGGAUUUACCACUGUUGGCUCUGGUACCUGCACCUGCCCUCUUUUACUUAAUGACUGCAAAGUUCACUGAACCGUCACGCAUCCUUUCAGAAGGAGCAAAUGGACAUUAAAUGCAACAUGUGCCAACACCUCCAUGAAAAUGUCCCAGUAACAUGGAUUAAAGAAUUUCAUUGACACGUUUUUCAGCUCUCCGACUAAAGCUUGUCACUUCAGUACAAGUUAUUUCCAGGUAAAACACCAUACAGAAUCUAAGAGUAAGACUAUGUAAUCUUAGAAAGAGCUGUACUUUAAUUUCAUGAAGGGCUUGUAAAAAAUCGAAGUGGAUAAUGUCUUGAUCUGUAUGUUUUUUACUGUAUGUAUAUAAGUGCUCAUCGGCCAUACCUUGUCACAAGUUUUGUUUUGUACCUUAUUUAUUUCACAACACAGUAUUAGAAUCUCCUUGAAUAAAGUAGCAAAAUAAAGAUGUGGCUUUCUGGUGCAGUGCCUGGCUUCUGUCACCCCCUUACUUGCAAUUACCAUCUCCCUGAAAAUAAGAGGUUUGUGGAGAAGACUCAGUACAUAAAUAUAUCUGCAAUUUCAGACACUAGCAUUUUAUUCUUAUUUACACUUCCUCCCUUCACCUGCUAAAGCCUUCUGCAGACCAAUACAAUUUUAGAUCUUAAAGCACCCGAGAGGAAAUGAAGCACAUGAAGGGUUAAAGCAGGACUGUUCAUUUCCUACUGCAUCCUUCAGUCUGAUUUGAGAUGUUCUGACUGUCAAUCUGCCAGGCGGAGACUAGUGAAGAGUACUAUCCCUUCUGCUGAGGCAGUGUCCCUAAUACACUGCCUGCAACACUUCGUUACUGGACUUGCUCUCUCUUCUAGCCAAGGACUGUGGUUAAUAAACUGACUGUAGUAAAUCAUGUGAUGCAAAUGUUAAUCACCAAGCACUGAGGGAGGGAGACUGCUACCUGCCUUUCACACAUCUUUGGAACUGGUGGAUUUUGGUGCAAUUAAACAAUUGUCUGUUUCAUCA